AUGGGAGUUUCCAUCCUUUAUUUCUUUUGUUCCCGGCCUGUUCCCCUUUUGCACCCGUUCCCUCUGGAAUUUACUCCUGCCAUCUUUUCUUCCUACCCCUUUCUUUCUGGCUGCCGGCAGGGUGUGGGUUCGGGGAAAAGUGAAGCGAACAGCUUUUUCCCAAGCAAUUGCCAGAGGCAAGAAACGGGCCCCUGGAAACUUUUCAAAAGCACGGGCGCUUUACAAGAGGGAAAAUUCAAGAUAAAACGCCAACAAGGUACUAAAAGCUUUUUGAAGAUUCACCCCCAAAAAAGAAGCCGCCUGUGGCGUGUUAGCGUCGGCCGGGCGAUCGUUGGAGAAGGGCGGGCAAUUUCUCCCAGAAAUGUAUUUCAGGAGUGUUUUUCCCAUAAAGCGGGGUGA